GCAGGUUGCUGCAGAAGCAUCAACCUAUUUCGAUUAUUUAUUUUGUUUAUGUGGAAAUAUUUUGUUUAUUUAAAUUAAAUCCUGCAUUUUUAAUCAUGGAGUUUAUCGUAGCAAGUGUUGAAAAUAUGAAAUUUAAUAUUGAAAUAGCGUUAGAAGAACAACAUGGAUGCUUACCAUUACCAUUUUCUGGAAUGGAUAAAUCAAUUGCUGGUGUUUGUGAAUUCUUCCCGAAAGGAUCAUGUGCGAAAGGAACAUCAUGUCCACUCAGACAUGUCAAGGGAGACAGAACUAUCGUCUGCAAACAUUGGCUCCGAGGGCUUUGCAAAAAAGGAGAUCUUUGCGAGUUCCUUCACGAGUACGACAUGACAAAAAUGCCAGAGUGCUACUUUUAUUCCAGAUUUAACGCCUGCCACAACAAGGAGUGUCCGUUUCUUCACAUAGACCCGGAGAGUAAGAUAAAAGACUGCCCUUGGUACGACAGAGGGUUCUGCCGGCAUGGACCUAACUGCCGUCAUCGCCAUGUACGCAGAGUCUUGUGUAUCAACUACUUAGCCGGGUUCUGUUCUGACGGACCAGAGUGCAAAUUCAUGCAUCCGAGGUUCGAGCUGCCGGCAGCCGAUGUUAAUCAGAAGGAAGGCAAGAAAGUGGUGAUUGUUUGUCACUUCUGCGGUGAGUCUGGACACAAAGCCCUCUACUGCCACAAGAUGCCUGCGGAUAUGAAGGAGGCGGAAGCGAAACAAUUGGGAGUCAAGGUGCCACAGUUUAUUACCAAGACGGACGAAAGUGGUAAAGAAAUCAUUAUUGGUACCAAACCUGCACUCAAACCACUGGAGGAAGUCACCUGUUUCAAGUGUGGAUGCAAGGGCCACUAUGCCAACAAAUGUCCCAAGGGUCACCUGGCGUUUCUCGCUCUCAGUCAAAACCAAAAUCAACCUAAUCCUCAAUACAUCAAAAGAUUAUUAUCAUAAGUUUGCUUUUAUAAUUAUUUAUAAUUUAAUUUUAAGGUCAAAUGAAGUGUAUUUCUAUCAUAA